GUGGUAGUACUCUCCUAGAUAAUCCUCGACGCUAACUACGCUUUCCCCUCCCCUCUCCGAGCCCAAAACCAAGCAAAAUCGAAUCGAUACGGACCAAAUUCGGCUCCGCAUGGGUUUCCCCAGGCACUGAUCCGGCGGGUGGACGCUAAUGCGGCGCCGCUGAAGGGAUCUGCUGCGCCCGCGGGGUUCGCAUGGCGGCACAGAACGGCGGCGGCGGCGGCGCCGGCGCCGGCGCGGCGGUGGUCCUCAACGUGUACGACCUGACGCCCAUAAACGACUACCUCUACUGGUUCGGCCUCGGCAUCUUCCACUCCGGGAUCGAAGUUCAUGGUUUGGAAUAUGCUUUUGGAGCCCAUGAUCUCUCAACCAGUGGGGUUUUUGAGGUUGAACCAAAAUGUUGCCCUGGCUAUGUCUAUAGAAGGUCGGUAUGGAUGGGUACAACUGAGAUGUCUAGGGCAGAGUUCCGCUCGUUCAUUCAAACUCUUGCAGGAAAGUACAAUGGGAAUACAUAUCAUUUGAUUUCAAAGAACUGCAACCAUUUUACAGAUGAUGUCUGUAAGAACAUAACCAAAAAACCAGCCCCUGGAUGGGUAAAUCGGCUAGCAAGAGUGGGCUACUUUUUCAAUCGCCUCCUACCAAAAAGCAUUCAAGUCUCUACUGUUACUCACGGAGCAACCCAUCCUGCAUUCUCUGAUGAUGAUGUGGAUUCAUCAGGUUCAUCCCUUAAUGGAGACAGUGAUAUGGAUGACCUGGAUCAGCACCUGCUACCAGCCGCAGGCACUGACCUUCAAUCUAUAGUCGUGUCACCAAAGCUAUCGAAAGACCUCGUUUGAAUUAUCCUACCAUUUGGGUUCCCUGCUGCAGUUUAACGGUCGUACUUCGCCAGCUUGUGUGAUAUCCAAGUAUAGUUGAAUGUUGAUUGUAUUGAUUCUUUUCCAACGAGUUUUGCUGUGUAUGCAUAUAGGAAUUGUCUGGUAAAGAAGUGAUUUUGCAA